AUGGCCACCACUGCACUUAGCCCUAGUUCCCAAACCACCAAUGGCGACACCCACGAUUUACCCCCGCCUGCGCCGGCUGCGAAGAAAGGCAAGGCUAAAAAGGAUAAGCAACUCAGCGCGGAGGAAAACGCAAAGCUAGUCCAGCAGCGAUUGUCGCAAUUGGAACAGGAGAAGGCUGGCGAGAAGACGCAGCAAGCCGAGAUCGAUCGGGAAGUGAAAAAGGCCAUUCGGGACAUCAACGAGUUGAUUGGUGGCGUCGAGCCUCUGAAGGGGAUCGACAUGAUCAAACAGAAGUAUGAGGAGCUCCUGGCGGAAAUGAAAAAGACGGAGCGCGAACACGUCAAAGCCAAAAAGAGUCGGGAUCAGUACCAGAAAGAGGCCGAGAAGUCCAAGUCGGAGAACAACAAGACCGCGACCAUGAAGGACAAGCUGGAAAAGCUGUGCCGGGAGCUGACCAAGGAGAACAAGAAGCUCAAGGACGACAACAAGAAGCUGGAAGAGACGGAGAAGCAGGCUCGCGAGACCAUCAACGAAAGGCUGGACCAAAUGCUUUAUGACGUGCAAGAGGCCAUGGACCAGAAGAACACAACACAUUCGGAAAAUCUGCACCUGGAGCUAGACGAGUUGUUCAAGACUCGGUGCAAAGUAUUAGCGGAUCAGGCUGAGAUCCGAGAAAUGCACUUCAAGGCCAUACUUCGUCACAAGGAUGCAGAAAUCGCACAUCUACAAGCGAAGCAUGAAAUCGAGCGACGGAGGGCAGACACGGAAGCGGCACGUUGUCGAACACUCACGAAUCAGGUGUCGACCUUCUCGCACACGGAGGCCGAACUGAGGAGUCAAUUGAAUAUAUACGUGGAGAAAUUCAAGCAGCAGGUGGAAGACACCCUCAAUAACAGCAACGAGCUCUUCCUCACAUUCCGCAAGGAAAUGGAGGAGAUGUCCAAGAAGACGAAGCGGCUGGAGAAGGACAACCUCACCCUCACGCGCAAGCACGACCAGACGAGUAGGAACAUCCUGGAAAUGGCCGAAGAGCGCACGAGGGACAAAGAGGACCUGGAGCGGCUGAGGAAGCAGGAGCAGCAGAUGCGCAACAUCAUCAAGACCAUGCAAGAACAAGGCCGAGGGGGUCCGGUGCAGCAUGACCUGGUGGACGAGGAGGGCACCGAAAGCGAAUAUGACGAAGAAUACGAGGAUGAUGACGAUGACGACGAGGCCAGCUACGAGGCUGAAGAAGAGCUGGCGGCGGAAAUCGCAAAGCCCGUCUUCGGACCGGUGCCUCCGCCGGACAUGGUCGCCACAAAGGCCAACGGGCAGAAAGCGGCGGCCAAUGCUAUUGUCAAUGGUAUCAAGCAUUAG